GACGAUAACUCGAGGUGAGCGGCUCGGUUUCUGAAGGAGGAGGACGCUCUGGCCUUUGCAGACCUACUUUUCCUGAUGGAAAGUCUCAGGCCAGGCAUGGGACCAUUGAAGGGAGUUAACAGCACCCUCACCUUGGAGAAGACAGCAUUAGACGAGAAGCUGCCACAGGGCUGGCACGCCGAGGACUUUGUCACUCCUAGCCAGGAUCUCUCUGGGUCCCGCAGUGUUAUGAUGGACAGCACUAAGAUCCUGGGGGUCCAGGUUGUUCUGAUUGCUGCCUACUCCCUCAUCAUUCUGUUGGGAUUCAUUGGAAACUCCUUGGUCGUCUACAUCAUUGUGAAGUACAAGACCAUGAGGACUGUCACCAACUUCUUCAUAGCUAACUUGGCCCUGGCAGAUCUGAUGGUGGACACGCUUUGUCUACCUUUCACACUAGUGUACACGCUGCUGGAUGAGUGGAAGUUUGGAGCUGUUCUUUGUCAUCUGGUCCCUUAUGCUCAAGCUCUGAGUGUCCAUGUGUCCACUCUCACCCUAACUGUGAUUGCCCUGGAUAGGUACCGGUGUAUUGUUUUCCACCUGGACAGCAGGAUUUCCAAGAGGCUCAGCUUCACCAUUAUAGCUGUCAUGUGGCUAGCAGCAGCUGUCCUUGCAGGUCCUCUGGCCAUCUUCAGAGAAUACCGGUAUGAGGAAAUCCCAUCCAUCAACCUCAAAAUGGCUGUCUGCUCAGAAAAAUGGCCAUCUGGUAAUAACAGAGAUGCCACUAUCUACAGCCUGUCCAUGCUCCUCCUGCAGUAUGUUUUCCCUCUUGCAAUUAUUUGUUAUGCCUAUACCAGGAUCUGGUUCAAGCUGAAAAACCACGUCAGUCCUACUUCUAGGAAUGAAAACCAGUGCCGGAGGAGGAAGACAACCAAAAUGCUAGUGAUGGUAGUUGUGGUAUUUGCAGUCUGUUGGCUCCCCUUCCACAUGUUCCAGCUUGCUAUUGAUCUUGAUCUGGUUCUUAUCUUCCAUGAAUAUAAACUCCUGUACACUGUCUUCCAUGUUGGGGCCAUGUGCUCUACAUUUGUCAACCCUCUGCUGUAUGGAUGGAUGAACAAGAACUACCGGAAUGGCUUCCUUAUGUUCUUUCGUUGCCAAAACAAGCCAGAAAGCAUCCACACUGAAGGCUCAGUUAGAGGGAGGUCCUACGUCUUGAGGGCCAACACCCUAAAUGGGAGCAUCAAACAGAAUCCUGGCAAUGGACCACUGCCCACAGAGGUCUAGGGAUGGGACAUCCACCUCUGGGACUGACUCUGACAGCCCAGAGACAUUCCUGGGUGAAUGCUUUUUUUUUGGCAGAACAUUGUGUCGACAAAACAUUGUAGCUACCACAGCCAUGCAGAAAUACCCCCCUGUAUCUCUCAAAACAAUAAAUCUGGUGUAUUUCUGUCUGACCAAA